AUGUCUACCGACCUCAAACCCUCCGCCUGGUCCGCAACAGCAUCCACCUACAACAGCCGCAUCGUCCAAGUAACAAGCCAAGGCGGCUCAGCCCUCCUCUCCCUCCUCACCACCCUCCGUCCCUUCACACCACACUCCAAAACCCUCGACUCCGGCUGCGGCAGCGGAGCCCUCACAGCCCUCCUGCACUCCCAAUGCCCCUGCAUGGAAAUCACAGCCGGCGACAUCGCCCCCGGAAUGAGAGACCAACUCUCCAAACGAAAUCUCCCCAUCCAGAUCAUCCCCCUCGAUUCCACCAAACCCCUCGUCCCCCAGAAUCUCUCCGCGGAAUCCUUCACCCACGCCGUGACUUCGUUCAUGUUGCAAUUCAUCCCCAACGCCCCCUUCGCCAUAAAAGAAAUGCAGACCAUCCUCGAGCCGGGCGGAGUGGUAGGGAACGCAAUCUGGUCCCAAAAUCUCAUCGCCGAUCCCUGGAAUCAAGCCUGCAGAAAUCUCGAUCCACAUUUCAAACCAAAUGAAUCCGCUUUUGAUAAGGCGUUGAAGACGACCGAGGAUCUGGAAGAGGCGUAUCGGGAGGCCGGAUUCGUGGACAUCACGAGCGAGGAGACGGAAUUGUAUCUGACCUUUGAGAGUGCGGAGGACUUUGCCGAGUUUUUUAUUCAUUCGGGGAAUCCACCUUUUGUUAUGAUGAUGAGUACUUGGAAAGGCAAUGUCGAGGACGUGCGACAGGAGUUGGUCAGAGUGACGAGGGAGCAUUUUGAGGACGGGAAGAUUUUCAUGGUCGCCGCUUGUACAGUGGGGAGGAAACCGCUGUGA